AUGUCGACUAGGGCCAAGCUGGUCAAGAAGCGGGACCUGAUCAUCGCGCACCUGACUCGAUCGAAGAAUUUCCUCAAGGGCUACGAUGCGGCGACGCAACAGCAUCUAGUGUCUGUCCGGAUGGAAAAGCUCGAAGGAAAAUGGGAGGAGUUUGAAGCGUUGCAGCUGGAGAUCGAGGAGCUCGAGGACAAGGACUACGAGGCAGGCGUCACUGCCGACGCGUCCAAGGAAGAAGUGGAGAAGCGAGUGAAGCAGUUGGAGGAAAAGGAGCAGCAGCGAGAGGACAUGAUGAGGAGGUUUGAGGAACUGUACUACGAGGUAAGGGCAGGGUUGCUAGCUAGGAUGCCGAAGGUGGUUGCACCUUCUUCUGGUUGUAACGAUGGGGCACCGAAAGUGCAUGCUGGCGUUCAUCUGCCCAAGAUUGAAUUGCCAAAGUUUAACGGGGAUUACGAUCUGUGGUUGCCUUUCCAUGACACCUUCAAGUCUUUGAUCCAUGAAAACCCGGAUUUAAAGAUCAUUCAAAAGUUCCACUAUUUGCGGUCAUGCGUGGUUGAAGAGGCUGAGAGAAAAAUCGAGAAUCUCCAGUUGAGCGAGAUCAACUAUGAGAUUGCGUGGGAUACUCUUGUCAAACGGUUCUCGAACAAGUAUCUCAAUAAGAAACGGCAUGUCAACGCGUUGUUGCACUUUCCGCGCGCGGAGAAGUUGACGGCGAGUGGGAUUCAUGAAGUGAUCGACUGUUUCGACCGGUGUACGAAGAUCUUGGAUCAGCUGGGUGAGGUUUCGUCGGGCUGA